AUGGAAAUUAGACAUCAAGAAAAUAAUAAAAAUAAAACAAAGUGGUUUUGUAAUUCUUUGUUAGAAGCUAAAGAUUCUAUGGCUAUAAAUCGUCAACAGCAAUGGAAAAGACCGAAUAAAGCCCUUUACAAAAUUAAAAGAUCAGCAAAUCCUUUAGAACGUUUAAAGUUACAAUUUAGUAGUGAGAAAAAAAUUGAAAAAAUUAAACAAAGCAACAAUGCGGAAAUAAAAGAAAAUAAAAAUAUUGAGAAAGAAAAACAUCAGAAAGAAAAAUAAAAAAAGUUUUGAAUGUCAAAAAUAAUUUAAAUAAAUUUUUAUUUUCUC